AUGCGUGCGCUCUACUCCCAGAUUCCUGCAGGCGAAGCCGCGACGACGCGACACCCUCCUCCUCCUCGCUUACUCGCUCUUCCCUCUCUCUCUCCAUCCUUUCACUUCCCCUCCUCCCUCAUCUUCCUCACUGAUGUAAAUGGCACCACGGAGGAGUUCUUGAGGAGCGGUCACACCAACAACUGGGCGGUUCUGGUGUGCACGUCGAGGUUCUGGUUCAAUUACCGUCACGUGGCCAACAGCUUAUCAUUGUAUAGGAGCGUGAAGCGUCUUGGCAUCCCUGAUAGCCACAUCGUGCUGAUGCUGGCAGAUGACAUGGCUUGCAACCACAGGAACCCGAAGCCUGCUACAGUGUUCAGUCAUAAGAACGCGGAGCUGAACGUCUACGGUGAUGACGUGGAGGUGGAUUACCGAGGUUAUGAGGUGACUGUGGAAAAUUUUCUGCGAGUACUGACUGGGAGGCUUCCCCUCAGCACGCCGCGGUCCAAACGCCUCCUGUCCGAUGACCGAAGCAACGUCCUCGUUUACUUGACAGGCCACGGUGGCAAUGGCUUCCUGAAGUUCCAGGACUCGGAGGAGGUCAGUAAUGUGGAGCUGGCGGACGUCUUUGAACAGAUGUGGCAAAAAAGAAGGUACAACGAGCUUCUAUUCAUCAUCGACACCUGUCAGGGAGCCUCUAUGUACCAGAGGUUCUACUCGCCAAACAUCAUUGCUUUAGCCAGCAGUCAAGUCGGAGAGGAUUCAUUGUCGCACCAAGCCGAUUUGUCCAUUGGUGUGCAUCUGAUGGACCGGUACACCUUCUACUUGUUGGAGUUCCUGGAAGAUGUCCACCCUGCCAGCAAAACUAAUAUGAACGACCUAUUCAAAAUAUGCCCCAAGAGGCAGUGCGUCUCUACUACGGGCCACCGGGCUGACCUGUUCCUGCGAGACCCCAGCAGCGUCCUCAUUACAGAUUUCUUUGGUAGUGUCCGGAAGGUGGAGAUCACUACAGAAACUCUCAACUUGACAGAGCCCAUAACAUUGGUGGAAGACAAUUUGGACAACGGAGAGAUACAACAGGAAACACUCUCAUAUGUGGAUCAGCUGCCAGUGUCUGAGAUCAUCCAUCAGAAGCCCAAACAGAAAGACUGGCACCCUCCCGACGGCUUCAUCCUCGGUCUCUGGACGCUCAUCCUGCUUGUGUUUUUCAAGACGUACGGCAUGAAGCACCUCAAACACAUCUUCUGA